CUGCCAGAAGAGAGAUGGGGAAAAGAUACUUCUGUGACUACUGUGACAGGUCCUUUCAGGACAACCUGCACAACAGGAAGAAACACCUCAAUGGAGUGCAGCACCUCAGGGCUAAGAGAGUCUGGUACGACUUAUUCCGAGAUGCUGCAGCUAUCCUGCAAGAGGAGCAAACCAAGAAACCUUGUCGGAAGUUUCUGCAAACAGGACAGUGCGAUUUUGGGUCCAACUGCAGAUUUUCCCACAUGACAGAGCAGGACCUGGAGAAGCUGAGUGCCCAGGUUCAAGGGGAGCAGAGGCUGAGGGAGCUGCGGCAGGAGGGGGCAGACGUCCCGCCCGGCACCAUCGAGGACUGGCUGGAGAAGAGGGCCAAGAGGCUGAGUGCAGCUCAGAGUAACAG